UUUUAAGGAGGCCAUUUAGGCGUUCUUCAUUCUACUAGACGUCGAACGCCGAGAAUAACAGUGCCCGAAUUCUCGAUGUUCAGUCAUGCUAACGCUAAUUAGAAGACGCCUGAAUAGGGGAAGCCAGUUGAACAAGAAACGAUAAUUUCGCGAGCUCCACUUGCAGCUCGAAAACGAUCGAUGCCUCGGCACUGUCGUCGACGAAGACCCGACUUGAAAUCACUCGAAAAAUCUGCCGAUGAAGUUGAAUCUGCUGAGCACGAGUCAUUCUGUCCAACUGAAGUGCCGUAUAUUCAUAUAAUAUAUGCGACCUUUUUCGCUUCUUCAACGAGUUUCUCGUUGCUCCGAACAGCGGAAUAUCUCGGUAAAGCCGAAUAUCUUUUUCCGCAUUCUUCUAUCCAUCGCAAACGAUAUGUUUCUCGCGCGUUCAAGCCGAGGAAAUUGAAGCGCCGCGAUAAAACAUCACCGCGUUCAUUCGUUCAGCCGUGGCGUUUAUCGGGCACGAAAAAGCGCGCCGCUUCGGCUCUCCGUGCGUUGUCGGCCGAUAUCGGCCACACAAGUUGGAUCGAUAAGAAGGCUGGUUGUGCCACCUCCACUCCCGGCGCUACGCUCGGCGGCAUCGUCGACGUCGGCUUUCACCCUCUCGCGCUCGUUUCUUCCCGGCGAACAGGCGGCGGUUCAAUGAGGGUGGAGACUGCGCCGUGUUCGGCCGCGUUCUCGCUGUUCUUACAGACGCACGCAGCGCGUAAUAAUCACACGCGGGCGGUCUAUCGGCACCGGACCGACGUUUAGAAUGGGUGAGUUUUGUUCAUGUCGAGGAGGAAGUGCACGGAAACGGUGGUCGAGCGACGAGUCGCGCUGAUAUAGAUGCGCAAUUUUCCUCGCGAGCGACGGACGAUUCGAGAUUCGAGAGGUUGCGAGAGCAGUUCUCAGACUGGGACGGGUGUUUUCAAUCGCCGGGAUCGGUCAACAAUGCCGUCAAGUUCCCGGUCGUCUGUGAAAGAGUAGCGCGAGAAUAUACGUCAUCGGCGCUAUGUCCACGAGGUCGAAGGAGAAGGUCGUGGCGGCCUUCCGCAAGCUCUUCCGCUCUUCCGACAAGAUCACGGAGCAGGAUGGAGCCAGCGGUUCGACCGGCUCGCCGUCGAGGAGGCUUCUGAGUCGUCACCAUCGCCCGGAUGCCGUUACCCCGGCGGCCAGCUCGAUGCCGGAAAAUUCGGGUACCAGCCGCGCCGAUCAUGGCAACUGCUUUUUUAAGUCGAAGAAGUCAUCCGGCACUUCCGGACAGACCAUGAGUAUGGCCGAGAAGGGUUUGCGUCGGCUGAUGAAGGAGCUCAGCGAGAUCCAAAGGAUGCAGCAUCACCGCGACUCUACCUUCACCGCGGAGCUGGUGAACGACAACCUGUUCGAAUGGCAUGUGCGACUGCACAAGAUCGAUCCGGAGAGCGAGCUGGCGGCCGACAUGCGUGAGCUCGAGAUACCCCACAUACUGCUGCACGUCAUCUUCCCCGAGAACUUCCCGUUCGCGCCGCCCUUCAUGAGAGUGAUCUCGCCGAGGAUCGAGAAGGGCUUCGUGAUGGAGGGCGGCGCUAUCUGCAUGGAGCUCUUGACGCCAAGGGGAUGGGCCAGCGCGUACACCGUCGAAGCGGUCAUCACGCAGUUUGCAGCGAGCAUUGUGAAGGGACGGGUGAGCAGCAUCUUCAAGUCUGAAAGCGGGCGAGUGGCGAGGAAACCGAAGCCAAACAAAGAAUUCACUCAGCGAUCAGCCGAGGAGUCAUUCAAGAGCUUGGUGAAAACGCACGAGAAAUAUGGCUGGGUGACCCCACCGCUCGCCGAAGGCUGAUCGCAGUGUCUCAUUGUCGACAGCUAGAAGAGACUCGCGUCUCUCGCUCGAGGAACUGCGCAUCGGCCGAAGUGAUCCUUUCCCUCGAUUCUAACGGCGGCAGCGGCAACGGCAACACAGACGGUGAUCGCACUUUCUUUAUCCCCGAACGAGCCUGAGGUGUAAUUUUAAUUGUUAUAUAAUUGCAGUAAGAAGUAUGUGUAAGUAGAAGUGCAGUCAAGAGCUCCAGAUUUCAACAUCGCACGGACGUGCGUAUUUUUUUUUUUCGUCAUUUUCGCACAUUUUUCAACACCUUUUAUAAUAAAUACUACCAUGCCAAAUUAGCUGUUAAGAUGAACGGGACGGCUUCUGCGUUAACAGCCGUUUUGAACGCGGUGGUUUCUUCGUUAAUCGUGUAUACACAAGGACGUUAACUUUACGCGCAGCUUCUCUCCGAUCGACAAUAGUUCGCAAGAGGUUCACCUCACACACGUCGAAUGUCGGAAGCUCAUAAAAGUACUUCGUUCCAGUAGUUUUGAAAAAAAAAAGAUUACACAUCAGAAGAAAUAAGAGAGAAAAGAAAGGAAGAAACUAGAAGAGACAAAAGGUUGCUCAAUAGCAUAUACUGAGGCGUUCGCGCGAUUUAAACGUGCUCGUUAUUUACGUACACGUAUAAUUGAAGGACCGACUAAGCAUGUAAAUAUAAAACAACGAAAACAAUACACAUAGAAUAACAUCCUUUCUUCGCUCUGUGAACCUUUCAGUUUCAAUUCGAGAGCGUCGUUAUUUGUGCGACAUCCGCGUGUGAAUUCUUCCAUGGAAACUGAAGUUUCGAUUAUGAGCUUCUAUACGAUAGUUUGUCCCUUUCCUCCUGUUCUCCUGUCCCCAAUUUAAAACCUGACAAUACUAAAUGCGUUACGUACGAACGGCUUCAAUGUUUCUCAAUCGAUUAAUUGCAGAAGUAUUUGUAUAGUCGCAACGUUAAACAUACACACUCGGACGUGCCAAAUAAAACAAGUUAGUUCGCAGUAUUGAUGUUUUUUCGCCAAAUUUUACACCCACGCUCGACCGUCGCGAAAGUUCGUUGCGAACGAUCGAGUGUCUCACGAUUCGUUUGAGAAUUGAUUUACGGUGUUUAUCACGGGGCUAGAUUAACGAUAAGAAGUAUCUGAUUGAUUAUCCAAACGUACGACUUCAAUGUGGUGCCGAGAAGUAAUAAUAUUUGUACAAGAUUUUCAGAUGAAGGUACGACGAAAGAUAAAUAUAAAUAAAUUAUUUACAAAUAUA